UUAGAGAGAGAGAGAGAGAAAGCAAAGUAGAGAGAGAGGAUUUGCAGUUGUAAGUGAGCCAUGGCGUCGAUCGAAAAGGGAGUGGAGAUUGAGGGGCGGCGGCCUCUUUGGUGCUUAGAUGUGGGGUUAAGGCUUCUGAGCUUUUCGGCGACGCUCACAGCUGUGAUUGUUAUGGCCACAGGCAAGGAAACCAUCACCGUCGUCUCCCCGUUGCUCCCUUUUCCUAUUACCCAAGAAGCAAAAUUCAAUCAGUCUCCCGCUUUCAUAUACUUUGUGGUGGCCAACGCUGUAGCGUGCGCGUAUAGCAUCUUCACGGCGGUGGUUUCCGGCGUCUCCAAGAAAAGUCCCUCCGACAAGCUUUUGUUCCAUCUUCCUUUCUUCGACGCCGUGUUUGCAGGGAUCGUGGGCUCGGCUACAGGUGCUUCUGCUGCAAUCGCGUAUGUUGGACUCAAGGGCAAUUCUCAUGCUAUGUGGCCCGCGAUUUGCCCCGUCUUUGGCAAGUUUUGCCGGUACGUUGGAGGAUCGACUGCAGUCUCCCUCGUUGCCUCAAUAGCCUUUGUGCUUCUUGUCGGCCUCUCCUCACACUCUCUCUACCGUAGAAGAAGCUCCAAAUAGCAAAUGUUACCCAUGUGUAUGUAUGUAUGUAUGUAUAUAUGCAUGUAUGUAUCUAUGUGUGUAUGAAUCUCUUUGCUAGUGUGUGUAUUGUCGGUUCGCACAUGAUUAUGUGUGGGCAAUGUGUGUGGUAUUUUGGUUUUCCUUCUUUAUUUGAAAUAUUGUUGUA